UCGUUUGAUUAUUUUUGCAAAAGAAAAGAAGUAAUUCGACAAUGGUUCAGGAUUACGAUGAUCGUCAUCGGACGUUUCUGCAAGCCAUUAUGCAGGGAGGAGCUGUCAGUGGAGAGGAUGCAACAGUCUUGUGCUACAGGAUUUUCAACGAGAGGAUAAGCGUGGAAAGAGUAGCUGGGCUCAUAAACGAUAAGUUGUCUCCCAUAGCGAUGGCCAUGAAAGCCGGGACGUGCGAGUUGACAGGCCAGACGUACUGGAGCGUCGUUGGCACCACCCACGAGGACGCUGUCAUGCUACCGUCCGAAUUCUCGAAGGCAGAGAGAGCUUUUUUGCGAGCCGUUUAUUCCGAGAUCAUCAAUUCCGAGGAUGGGUACAUAUCGAGCACGGAAUGCCUGAAUUUGACUGGAACGCUUGAUAUGAAGUUUUCAUUAAGCGAGGCCGACAAGUUUCUUAAAAAAGUCGCGGCGCAUAAAUGGUUGCACUUGAAGGAUGGUUCGGUUUUUAUCGGAGUGAGAAGCAUUGUGGAAAUGAUGCCUUACUUCAGGGCAACGUAUGCGGACAAUUUUCACAAUUGUCGUUUGUGCAAGGAAGUUUUGUUCGCGGGUCAAAAGUGUCCAAAUUGCGAGGAAAUGUAUCACAAUUAUUGUGUGGCCAAGUAUACAGCUAUGCAGAAAACAAAUCAAUGUCCCAACUGUAAACAACCGUGGGAUGACUACGAUGUAUCUGAUGUAGUAUUAAAUUCCGAAAAUAAUAGUCAGGAGGAUGAAGAUGAAGCGAUGGAUGUUGCCGAGGAAAUCAAACCCUCUCAACCAAUAAGGAGUUCAUGUAAAUCGAAAAAAAGACAAAGGAAUGAAUAAUCGUUGUGAAAACAGAGUAUUAGGGCAACACUUUCACUAGCAUGGCUCAUAAUAUCGUUCAACACUCUCAAUUCUUCAAUGGCAGAUUCUCA